UCGCUCAUCUUAUCAAACUGGGGCCAAUGAUUUCAGAGAUCCUGGAUUGGAGCCAUCCGUUCAACUAAGGAUGUCUUCGUUGAUCUUGGACAACGUUCCGGAUGUCCCUCCAACUGACUCGAAGAUUUGGGGCUAUGGACCUCUCUUGGAAACUCUGCAGUUGUCAAAACUGUUCAAAGACAGCAAGACAUUCGUGGAUCUGAAGCUAAUUCGAAGUGAGGAAGAUAUUCUCGUGGAUUUUCAACAUCUCUCAUUUCCACCAAAGCAAGACGAUUUAUUGGCUUUCCUCGAGAGAAACUUCGAUCUUACUCCCGGAUUGGAAUUCGAGGAAUGGAACCCACCAGAUUGGGUCCCAAAACCGGCCUAUCUGGACCAAUUGCAUGAGAAGCCAUUGAUUUACGUAGGAAUGCAAGUCAACAAACUGUGGAACACCCUUAGUCGACGAUGUAGUGCCGAAUUAAAGAAAACCCCGGAGUUGUUCUCCAAAAUUGAUCUUCCUCAUGGGUUUAUCAUGCCUGGAGGAAGAUUCCGUGAAAUUUAUUAUUGGGAUACUUACUGGAUCAUUCGAGGUUUGCUCAUAUCCGAUAUGGACGUGACAGUGAGAGGAAUCCUUGAAAACUUCAUUCAUCAAAUCAAGCUCUUUGGUCAUAUUCCUAAUGGUACACGGAAGUAUUACGAGAGACGAAGCCAACCACCGUAUUUAAUCAGCAUGGUGUCCAAGUACUUGGAGAAAACCAAUGACAAAACAUUUCUAUCUCAAAACUUGGAGCAUCUCGAGAAGGAGCUUAAGUUCUUUGAAACUCAUCGAACGAUCUUGUACAAGUGGAAAGGACAAAACUACCGACUCUUUCACUAUGGAGCUGAUUGUCGUGGACCGAGGCCCGAGUCAUAUGUUGAAGAUCUUGAAAUUGGAACGAUGCUUUUCAAAACUCUGAAUGAGCGGGAAGAGUUCUAUCUCCAAAUGAAGGCUGCAGCCGAAUCAGGAUGGGAUUUUUCAAGUCGAUGGUUCAUUGAUCCGAAUGGUAAUAACAUGGGCACUCUUGCCGAUGCCAAGACCACCUACAUUGCACCCGUGGAUUUGAACGCUUUGAUGUUCAAAAACUACAAUCAAAUGGCGUGCUUCUAUGACCUAAUCGGAGACACUAAGAGGGCCAACGAGCAUGUCCUCAAGGCCCGAGAAAUGAUGAAAGCCAUGUGCUAUGUUUUCUGGGAUGCGGUAGAUCACAUUUGGUACGAUAUAGACAUGCUGAACCACAAGCAUAGAAAAUUCUUCUAUGCCUCCAAUUUAUUUCCAUUGUGGGCCGAGGCCUAUCCCAAAAGGGUGGCGAUUGAGAUUGGCGAAUGUGCCGUGGACUAUCUCCUCAACACAGGUGUGACGGAACAUAAAGGCGGAAUUCCGGCCAGCACCCAACACACGAGACAACAAUGGGAUUGGAAUGCAUGGCCUCCCAUUCAGCACUUCAUUGUGGCUGGUUUAAACAAGACGAAGAACUUGCGGGCUCAACAACUCGCCUUCAAGAUAGCAAAAAAUUAUGUCUCUGGAACAAUCGCAAGUUGUAAUGUGAUUGGUGGAAUUUGUGGUUUCUUUGAGAAGUACGAUCCUUUGAGACCUGGAGUGGCUGGAGGAGGAGGCGAAUAUGAAGUUCAAAAAGGUUUUGGAUGGACCAAUGGUGUCUUGGUGGAUUUCAUUGCCAUUUAUGGGGAUGAUCUGCUUCAGCGUGACACUUAUACUCCUAAGGAGUCGGGGAAAGUCUAUGGCAUUACCAAAAAGUUGGGCUACAAGGCCAACACGGACCUUUUUUCUUGUGAUACAGCCUCAGAUGAGGUCUUGAAUCUUCAAUUCAAAUCUACUACGUUCGAAUAGGGUAUAGAAUUUUCGCUGUUUUUUGGGGACCUCAGCGUGUGAAACAUUCUGGUGUGAUUGAUUUGAGGAAUAAAGAACUCAAUGCAAGAA